AUGCAGUUAAAGUUUUUGCAAAAUAUUUUAGAAGCACAAGACAGCGAUUUCAAAAUCGCUGGUUUGUGUUGGUCGCCGAAUAAUCAAAAACUAGCCGUAGCCACUUGCGAUCGUCAGAUAUUACUUUUCGACGAAAAAGGUGACAAACGUGAUAAAUUCUCGACGAAACCUUACGAUCCAGAAGCCGGCAAAAAAUCUUACAUCAUAACGGGAAUUGCUUUUAGUCCGGAUUCGACAAAGAUUGCCGUAGCCCAAAGUGAUUGUAUAGUAUACGUUUAUAAAAUCGGCGAUAAAUGGGGCGAGAAAAAAGCUAUUUGUAAUAAAUUUCCGCAACCGUCACCGGUUACUUGUAUCAUUUGGUUAUUAACCGGACCGAUUAUAUGUGGUUUGGUGGACGGUAAAGUUCGAGCCCUACAAACUAAAACCAAUAAAUCUCAAAGUCUUUUUGCCUCGAAUAGUCUCGUAGUUUCCUUAGCACCGAAUUCUAAAGGUACUGGUUUUUUAUCGGGACACGUUGACGGUAACGUCAUUAGGUUUUUUAUAACCAGCGAUCACGGGGAAGACGAAGCUCAAGGACGUGUAGCUUUGCAUUCCGUUCCUCCUUACGGUUUAGCCUGGCCUCAAGGUCAUAUAUUUAUGGCCGGUUGUGAUAAAAGAGUUUCUAUAAUAAAUAAUCAUGGAAAAUCGGUAAAAACUUUCGAUUAUACUAAAGAUACCAGUGAGCACGAUUUUAACGUAGCUUGUUGCAGUCCGAGCGGUCAAGCCGUUGUUAUAGGAAGUUUCAGUCGUUUGAGAUUAUAUAUAUGGAACACUAGAAAAUUUAUAUGGGAAGAGAGCGUUUCUAAAGAACUGACGAAUUUUUAUACGAUUACUGUUUUAGCUUGGAAAAGGGACGGUUCGAAAGUUAAUUGCGGGGGCCUUUGCGGAGCAGUGUUCAUGUUCGAAUCAGUGCUAAAAAGAACCGUUUGGAAAGAUAAAUACGAAAUAACAUACGUGGGACCUAAUCAGGUGUUGAUAAAACCUUUGAACGCGGACGAAAGUAACGUUAUAUUAAAAUCUCGAUACGGCGGUGAAAUUGGCGACGUUAAAAUAAUGGGUAAAGAUUGUUAUUUGGUAGCUAGGACCGAAGAAACGUUACUCGUAGCAGAUUUGAUCAGAAAUCUCACGAGCGAGGUACACUGGAAUAAUACGGGGCGCAACGAGAAAUUUUAUUUCGAAAAUUCGAACGUUUGUUUGGUUUUCAAUUCCGGCGAAUUGACUUUAAUCGAAUACGGCGAUAACGACGUUUUAUGUUCUGUUAGAACGGAAUUUGCGAAUCCCCAUUUAAUAAGCGUUAGAUUAAACGAACGUAAUUCGACAACGGAUAAUAAAAAAUUAGCUUAUUUACUCGAUUUAAAAACCGUAUGCGUCGUCGAUUUGGUUAACGGAGUUUUGUUGGGACAAAUCGGCCACGAUUCCAAAAUCGAUUGGUUGGAAUUGAACGAAAUCGGAAAUAAAUUGUUAUUCCGAGAUAAAAAACAGAGAUUAAUACUAGUAGACGUAAUUUCCCAACAGAAGCAAACGAUUUUUACCGGCGUUAAUUUCGUUCAAUGGGUUGAAAAUAGUGACGUGGCCGUAGCUCAAGCUAAUAAUACUUUAGCGAUAUGGUACAACAUCGAUUUACCAGAAAAUCCGACGGUAUUGACGGUAAAAGGCGACGUAAUCGAUAUAGUUAGAAAUAACGGUAAAACCGAAGCGAUUUGUCUAGACGGCAAUAAUACGUUCAAUUUGGAAUUAGACGAAGGACUCGUCGAAUUCGGUACCGCGAUGAACGAUAACGAUUAUAACAGAGCCGUACUCUUUCUGGAAACUAUGCGGAAUUCCACCGAAGCGGAAGCGAUGUGGCACACUUUAUAUUCCACAGCGAUGAAACAACAAAAUUUACCUCUAGCCGAACGAUGUAGUACCGCUCUAAACGAAGUAGCUACCGCUCAUUUUUUACGCGAAACCGCGAAGGAAGCGAAAAAUAAUUUGUUGGAAGAAAAUCCGGAAAUUUGGGCUCGACUAUCGAUUUUAUACGGGGAUUUAAAUACGGCGGAAAAUAUUUAUUUGGAACAAGGAGAUAUCGGAAAAGCUUUGGAUAUGUACAAGAAGUUACAUAGAUGGGACGAGGCGUUGAGAUUGGCCGAACGGAGGAAUUACGGAAAUUUGAAGGAAUUAAAAGAAGAACACAUGUCGUUGUUGACGCAAAGCGGACAAUACGAAAAAGUCGGUUUAGUAUUGGAAAACGAAGGGAAAUACGAAGAAUCUCUCAAUAUGUAUUUGAAAUCUAAUAAAUUAACUCGCGUCCCGAACCUUUUAAAUAAAUAUCCUCAAUUAUUAAACGAUCAUAAUGUCAUAGGAAUAGUUUUGAAAAAUUUAAUCAAACAAGAAUUAUACGAAUACGCCGCCGAAAUAUACGAAAAAUUAGAUAAACCUGAUCUGGCUAUGGAAUGUUACAGAAAAGGAAAAAUAUGGAACAAAGCGGUAGAUUUAGCUCGAACGGUAAGUCCCGAUAAAGUAGUACGAUUAGAAGAAGAAUGGGGCGAUAGUUUAGUCGAAAGUAAACAAAUGGACGCCGCCAUUAGUCAUUACAUCGAAGCGGGAUGCACCAUUAAAGCUUUGAACGCCGCAGUAGCCGCUAGACAAUGGAAAAAAGCCGUUCACAUCAUAAAAGUUAUCGACGACGCCGAUACCGUUAGAAAAUAUUACGAAAUUAUCGCUAAUCAUUUCUCUAGUAUUAAAGAUUAUUCGACGGCGGAAAAAUUAUAUUCGGCAUGCGGUAUGUACAAAGAAGCCGUCGAAAUGUAUAACGAAGCCGGUCAAUGGGAAAAAGCGCACGUCAUCGCUUCCAAAUAUUUAGAUAACGAAGAAGUCUACGAUAUGUACGUUAAACACGCGGAAACUUUAGAAGAAAUCGGAAAAUAUAGGGAAGCUGAAAAAUUGUACGUUUCAGUUAAAGCGCCAGAUUUAGCUAUCGCCAUGUACAAAAAGGUGGAGCAGUACGAUAAUAUGAUUAGACUUGUGGAAAAAUAUCACCCGAAUCUAUUACAAACCACUCAUCUACAUUUGGGGCAACAAUUGGAAAACCAAGGAAAAUACAGAGCGGCGGAAAUACAUUUUUUGGCCAUCGACGAAUGGAAAGCCGCUAUGAAUAUGUACAGAAAUUUGGGGAUGUGGGAAGAAGCUUAUAGAGUAGCUAAACAAAACGGCGGUCCUCACGCCGCUAACCAAGUGGCUUUUCUGUGGGCCAGAUCUCUCCAUAUCGAUUCGGCAAUAAAAUUAUUAAACAAAUACGGUAUAUUGGAGCAAUGUAUUAACUACGCUUGCGAAACUUAUCAAUUCGAUUUCGCUUUCCAAUUAUGCAAAAAUCUACCCGACAAGGUAAAAGAAGUCCAUUUGAAACACGCCAUGGCUUUGGAAGACGACGGUAAAUAUAACGAAGCCGAAUCCGAAUUUAUUUCAGCCGGUAAACCGAAAGAGGCUAUCCUGAUGUACGUUCACGCUCAAAAUUGGAUGAACGCUUUGAAAAUAGCCGAGAAAUACGAACCGGACGCGGUACCUGAAGUACUUAGGGCACAAGCCGAACAAUGUUUCAAAGAUAAACGCUAUUCCGAAUUCGAGGUGUUGUUAUUGAGGGCGCAACUACCGGAAAUGAUCGUCCACAAAUAUAAAAACGAAGAUAUGUGGAUAGACGCUUUGCGAGUCUGUAAAGAUUAUUUACCGCAUCUUUAUCCGGAUCUUCAAUCGGAAUAUAGUAGUUCGCAUCACAAUCAAAUGACGGACGUCAGUAUAGAGACAUUAUUAUCGAGAGCUAACGAAUGGGCGUUGGCAGGUCAACAUAAACAAGCCGUCGAUUGUUUAUUACAGGUUAAUACGAACAUAACGGAACCGUCUAUAGUUAAAAGAGCGCUGUUACGAGCAGCCGAUAUGGUAAAUAAAUUUCUAUUCGGAGACGAAGCUUUGGAAAUUAUCAAAAUAUUAUGUCCGAGAUUGAUAGAAAUCGGCGAAAAUAACGUUGCGGCGCAAUUGUACAUCAGCGUGGAAAUGAUGAAAGAAGCCAUCGAUUCUUUUAUAAUAGCCGAAGAAUGGAAUAAAGCUAGAAAAAUAGCCAAAGAACUCGAUCCGUUUUUGGAAAAUUACGUCGAAACCAAAUACAAGGAUAGAUUAUUAAAAAAAGGGGACGUCGAACAAUUGGCGGAUAUCGAUAUAAUCGGAGCGUUGGAUUUAUUAGCCGAACAAGGACAGUGGACGAGAUGUAUAGAAAAAGCCAAAUCACACAGUAAUCCGAUUUUACACAAAUACGUCGCCCUUUACGCCGCCAAAUUAUUAAAAGAUCGUCUAAUUAUCGAAGCCCUUCAAUUAUAUUACACGCACGGAGCUCCGGCAAUACCGCAAAAUUUCAAUAUUUACAAUCACAUCGCUACCGAAAUGUUCGGAGCUAAUUUUAUGUCGGAUCCAGAUAGUUACGCUACUUGGGAACAAUUACGACAAAUUUUAUUCGAAAUUAACGAACAUUUGGAAAAUGCCGUUAACGUAAACGCCGAAACGAAAGUACAUUUCCGACAUUUACUUUUGGUAGCUCAUUAUUACGCUCUAAGAACCGCUUGCAAACAAGUACCUUCGUUAAAAUCGAUCGCCGUUAAAAUUAGUACGGCCCUAUUGAGAUAUACCGAUAUCAUUCCCGCAGAUAAAGCCUAUUAUGAAGCAGGUAAAGAUCUAAAAGAAGAAGGAAAACUUUCGGAAGCAUUCGUAUUCCUGAAUCACUAUUUAGACCUUUGCGAAGCCAUAGAAGAAGAUGAAGGACAAUUAGUAGAUCAUUCCGAUCUACUACAAACAGAUUUUCCAUCGAAUAUACCUUUACCCCAUCAUCCUUACCUAAUGGAAGAUCCAAAAGAACACGAUAACGUUAAGGAAUGGGUGCUGGCAGUUAGUAUGGAUCAAAAAAUCGAACAGGCUUUACCUAUCGACGAUAGACAACUUUACGAAUCCUGCCUUCAACCUGGAGAAACUCCGUGUUUGAUAACUGGUUAUCCGGUGAGAAAACAAGCCGUUACUUUUUCCAAAACUAAUCUUCAAGCUAAUAAAGACGCUUGGAACAAAUUGAAUAUGGGCGCUAAAAUGGCCCCAGAUUCCAACGUUGCCAGUGCUAUAUCUUUCUUGGUAAAAUGGUGCGGUACACCUAAUUAACUUUAUAUUAUUAAUUGAUUUAAUAUAAUUUAAUUUCAAA